UACACACACAGGUUUCGGGACAGAAUUUUUUUCAGGCAUUCAGCGCUGAAUUGAUCGGCUCUAGUCGCUUAGUAGCCUAUAGUCCAAAAUACUGGCUGAUCUGGACGGAGACAAUUUCGUGUUCUGAUCUCUCUCUUCUUUUUUUUUUUUUUACAUUUGUAGUCAUUUCUACUAUUUCUAAAGAAAAAGGGCUGCUAUUUCCUCCCUCUCCAUCCAUCCAUUCUUCCAUCUUUCCCUCCCCUAAGGGACGCUGGACGGAUAGCCGAGGAGGCCGUAGAGCGCACUUGUUCACGAAGGAGAGAAAGAGGACGGGCAGGACACUGUUGUCUUUCCAGUGGGCAGAGGUACUCUGCGGGGCGGGGUUGGUGUUCGACUUUCACGGCUUCUGCGCUGCGCUCGACCCGCUUGUGGAGAUCACGAUGACUGGUGGCAAGACACCGGAGCGGUGGCGGAUGCUCCCCACUCCGCUAUGGUGAUGUUGCCCGCGUCCAAAUGUCCCCUCCUCGGAUGAGACCACGUAUGAAUGGACGGCUGUGCAGGUGAUGGAGAGAAUAUGAUCAUUGUGUCGAGGGGGACAUCAUUUAAUUGUUAAGAGAAAUUCGAUUGAGCGCUAAUAUUAGCCUACAUUAUAUUACAAACCACGACGGAUUUCAAUUAAAGAUGAUUAUUGAAUGCAAAUAAGAAAAAUCAACAAAUGUCACAUUUAUCCUUUUCGUGUAUAAGGAUGCCAGUUCAUCUUUGCGCGCGUGUAAAGUGAGUGUGAGGUGGUGGGAGACAAAUUAGCCAGUGUACCAAACAUUGCGGAUGUUACAAAAUAAAUAAAUAAUCAUAGAUUUUAGCUAUUUUUUCCCAAAAUUUUUGGUGUCUGAAACGUACCAUGGCAACCACGACCAACAUGCCCGGUUGAGGGGAAAAACUUGGUGGAUUUAUUUUCUUAUUUUUUUAUUUUGAUAAUCUGAUUUAUUUUAAUAUUGUGCUGUGGUCAUGAUGACAAUUCAACAUUAUAUCUUCAAGCGAAGCACAAGAGGCUUCUGACGAGCCUGUCGCACCGUGGAAAUGGUUCGGGAUAAGACGAUGGAGCAGCCAUGAAGAACAUGAAACAUUUAUACUAACUCAUCUUGGAAUGUCCCCAAUCUGAUAUUCCCAAUAUCCCCAAAGAGCCUUGCUCUUCUUUUUUGGACAUCUAAAAACGAACUGAAGAGGAAUUGUGAAGCCUACUGCACUGAUAGUCGUGCAACAAGCCAAGCUAUCCAGCUCACCCCCACCCACGUUGCAUUUUUUUUUACACCCGCACUUGACCAUUAGCACUAACUCACCGACAGAGACCAAAGCCUACAUGGCGUCUUCAUCUUGUAAAGGCAGCACCAUAUAGGCUACCGUCCCCGCAACUCUCCCCCUGUGCAAGAAGCAGAAUAAAACAGUUGUGUGUAUGAGCAGUCCUCGGGCAGAUGGGAUGUAAUGUUGUGUGGUCGUGCUGAGCAUUCGUCUCCUUCUCAGCUACAGCUGCUUUGUAAAGAUUUGGUGUCCAGAGAAUGGCGCGGUUCGAAAAUGAGAUGCCGUCCAGGUAUGGCGGCGGCCACGGACCAGGGCAUGGGCAUGGACCUGGAGGCCCUGGCCGCGGAGGCAGCCGGCAGGGCGGCCCGGCUGGAGGCCCCGGGGGCCAGCGGGUCUACAAGCAGUCCAUGGCGCAGAGAGCCCGGACCAUGGCCUUGUACAACCCCAUCCCGGUGCGUCAGAACUGCUUCACCGUCAACCGCUCGCUAUUCAUCUUCAGCGAGGAUAACUUUGUGAGAAAAUACGCCAAAAAGAUUACAGAAUGGCCUCCGUUUGAGUGGUUGAUCCUGGCCACCAUCUGUGCCAACUGUAUCGUCCUGGCUCUGGAGCAACAUCUGCCUGAUGGAGACAAGACUCCUCUGUCUGAACGCCUGGAUGACACUGAGCCCUACUUCAUAGGGAUCUUCUGUUUUGAGUCAGGCAUUAAGAUCCUGGCUCUUGGAUUUGCCUUCCAUAAGAACUCCUACAUAAGGAACGGAUGGAAUGCCAUGGACUUCGUAGUAGUAUGCACAGGGAUCCUGUCUACAGUGGGAUCGGACUUCGAUUUGCGGACUCUGAGAGCGGUCCGUGUGCUGAGACCCCUCAAACUGGUGUCUGGGAUACCCAGCCUCCAGGUGGUCCUCAAGUCCAUCAUGAAGGCUAUGAUUCCACUGCUGCAGAUCGGCCUGUUGCUAUUCUUCGCCAUCCUCAUGUUCGCUAUCAUCGGCCUGGAGUUCUACAUGGGCAAAUUCCAUACUACCUGCUUCGACAUUCACACAGAUGAGAUUCGCGAGGAGUUUCCGUGUGGGACCGAAGCCCCGUCGAGACUAUGUCCAAACGGGACCACGUGUCGAAAGUAUUGGCUGGGGCCUAACUACGGCAUCACCCAGUUUGACAACAUCCUGUUUGCCGUGCUCACAGUCUUCCAAUGUAUUACCAUGGAGGGAUGGACUGACCUGCUCUACUAUAGCAACGAUGCCUCAGGGAGCGCGUGGAACUGGAUGUACUUCAUUCCCCUCAUCAUCAUCGGCUCUUUCUUCAUGUUGAACCUGGUCCUGGGUGUACUGUCUGGGGAGUUUGCCAAAGAGAGAGAGCGAGUGGAGAAUAGGAGUGAGUUUCUGAAGCUGAGGAGACAGCAGCAGAUAGAGAGAGAGCUCAAUGGAUACCUGGAGUGGAUUUGUAAAGCAGAAGAAGUGAUCUUAGCAGACGAUGAAGACCCUGAUGCAUUUGACGCCACCCGCAGGAGACCCACCAUCAAAAACAACAAGAACAAAACAGAUCUCCUUAACCCAGAGGAUGGGAAUGGAGACCUGGCAGUGGGUUCUCCCUUUGCGCGGGCCAGUCUGAAGAGUUCAAAGCUGGAGGGCUCUAACUUCCAUAAGAGGGAGCGUCGUCUGCGUUUCUUCAUCAGACGCAUUGUGAAGACCCAGUAUUUCUACUGGAGUGUACUGUGUCUGGUGGGACUUAACACCAUGUGUGUGGCUGUAGUACACUACGACCAGCCUGAACCACUCUCAGACUUCCUCUACUUUGCAGAGUUCGUCUUCUUGAGUAUCUUCAUGUCUGAGAUGGGUAUAAAGAUUUAUGGACUGGGGUCACAGCCUUACUUUCACUCCUCCUUUAACUGCUUUGACUGCAUUGUAAUAUGUGGCAGCAUAUUCGAGGUGCUGUGGGGUUUUAUCCAGCCUGGGACAUCCUUUGGUAUCAGUGUAUUACGAGCUCUAAGGUUACUGAGAAUCUUCAAAGUCACCAAGUACUGGGCGUCUUUGAGGAACCUGGUUGUAUCUCUGCUCAACUCCAUGAAAUCCAUUAUAAGCCUGCUCUUCCUCCUCUUCCUCUUUAUCGUCGUCUUCGCUCUGUUGGGCAUGCAGCUCUUCGGAGGACAGUUUAAUUUUGAAUCUGGCACUCCCCCGACCAACUUUGAUACUUUCCCUGCAGCAAUAAUGACUGUGUUCCAGAUCCUGACCGGAGAAGACUGGAACAUGGUCAUGUAUGAUGGAAUAGAGUCUCAGGGAGGAGUCAACAACGGAAUGGUCUUCUCAGUCUUCUUCAUCGUGCUCACACUUUUCGGCAACUACACUCUGCUGAAUGUGUUCUUGGCCAUCGCUGUGGACAAUCUGGCCAACGCACAGGAACUCACUAAGGACGAGCAGGAAGAGGAAGCCGCUUCCAAGAAAAAUGCUUUGCAAAAAGCCAAGGAGGUGGCCGAAGUCAGCCCUCAGUCUGCAACCAACCUGUCCAUAGCGGCUAAGGAGCAGCAGAAGAACAAUAAGGGUGGUAAUAAGUCCGUUUGGGAACAGAGGACCAAGGAGCUGAGGAAACAGACUCUAAUGACCAGCAGAGAGGCCCUCUACAACGAACUGGACCCAGAGGACCGCUGGAAGGUGAACUACUCCCGCCACAUCCGUCCUGACAUGAAGACCCAUACAGACCGCCCUCUAGUGGUGGACCCCCAGGAGAACCGCAACAACAACACCAACAAGACCACCAAAGAGCCUGACCCCCGCCUCAGCCAGCAGCACGCCGACCAGCUGCUCCGCAAGCAGACACACGUCCACGAGAGAGGAGGUGGGGGAGGAGGAGGUGGGGGCUCAGGGUCUGGUUCAGGCCCUGGAAGGCCCUAUGAGCGGGCAGACUCUACGGAGAGCCGCAGGAGCCGUAAGGAGAGCAAGGAGCACCAGGAGCUCCAACACCACCACUCCUCCCAUACCCGCCUAGAUGCAACGAUGCUGGGACAGAGUGGAGAGGAGAGGCCCCAGAGAAGGCACCACCACCCACGGGGCCAGGCGGGCUCAUCGGAGCACAGGAAACCCCGCCAGCACCGCAUGCCCCCAGAGGACGAAGAGGGGGGAGGUGGAGGUGGUGGAGGAGGAGGAGGAGGAGGGGAAAGGCGGCACAAGAGCAGGGGGACAGAAGGAGAAGGCGAGGGGGAGCAAGAGGGGGGUGAUGGAGGUGAGAGGAGGCAGAGACGGCAUCGCCAUGGCACUCAGUCGGGGUGUGAUGGUGAGGGGAAGAGGACGCGGCAACACCGCAGGAAGGAUGGUCCCAACCUGUCCACCACACGGCCCAUCCAGAAGAGCCUCUGUAGACAGGACAGCCAGUACAGCGAGGACAUGGACAAUGUCAUGAACAGUAAACUGGCCACCAGCCAGCCCCAGCUACCCCCAGGCUCCACCCAGCAGCCCUGCCCAGCCUCGGGCCUCCCCAGCCCAGCCAAACACACUACUCCAGGUCCAGGCUUCGGCCCUGCAGGCCUCAACACUCACCUGACCAACAGCAGCUCCCACCUGGGCCUAGAUGGAAGCCUGGUUCCUGCAUACGGAAGUAGCACCCGGAUACCGGACCACACGGCAGUGGACAUACCACCCAUGUUUCCUUCCCACAACGCCAUAUUGCAGGUCAAUAAAAAUGCUAACACGGAGCCUCUGCCUAAGAAGGAGGAUAAGGAUGAUGAUGAUGAUGAGAAGGGUGAUGAAGAUGGACCCAAACCAAUGCCCCCCUAUAGCUCCAUGUUCAUCCUCUCUACCACCAACCCGUUCCGGAGACUAUGCCACUACAUUGUGACUCUGAAAUUCUUUGAGUUUGGUAUCCUGUCUACCAUCGCUAUGAGCAGUAUCGCCCUGGCAGCAGAAGACCCCGUCUGGCCAGAAUCACCUCGCAACAAUGUUCUGCGCUACUUUGACUAUGUGUUUACGGGAGUGUUCACCUUUGAGAUGUUGAUUAAGAUGGUGGAUCUGGGCCUGGUGUUGCACCAGGGCUCCUAUUUCCGUGACCUGUGGAACAUCCUGGACUUUAUAGUGGUUAGUGGUGCUCUGGUGGCCUUCGCCUUCACGGGGAGCAGUAAGGGGAAAGACAUCAGCACAAUCAAGUCUCUGAGGGUUCUGAGAGUGUUGCGACCUCUGAAGACUAUCAAGCGUCUUCCAAAGCUCAAGGCUGUGUUUGACUGUGUGGUCAACUCCCUGAAGAACGUCCUGAACAUCCUCAUCGUCUACAUGCUCUUCAUGUUUAUUUUUGCUGUGGUGGCCGUGCAGCUGUUCAAAGGCAGAUUCUUCUACUGCACUGACGAGUCCAAGGAGUUUGAGCGCGAUUGCAGGGGCGAAUAUCUAGUCUAUGAGCGGAAUAAUGAAGUGAAGGCGCAGAAGCGGGAGUGGAAGAAGUACGAUUUCCACUACGACAACGUGCUUUGGGCCCUGCUCACCCUCUUCACCGUGUCUACCGGAGAGGGGUGGCCGCAGGUGCUGAAACAUUCAGUGGAUGCGACCUAUGAGAAUCAGGGCCCGAGCCCGGGGUACCGGAUGGAGAUGUCCAUCUUUUACGUGGUGUACUUCGUGGUCUUCCCCUUCUUCUUCGUCAAUAUCUUCGUAGCUCUCAUCAUCAUCACUUUCCAGGAGCAAGGAGACAAGAUGAUGGAGGAUUACAGUUUAGAGAAAAACGAGAGAGGCUGCAUAGACUUUGCCAUUAAUGCCAAACCGUUGACGCGACACAUGCCCAAGAACAAGCAAAGCUUCCAGUACCGCAUGUGGGAGUUUGUGGUGUCACCGCCAUUCGAGUAUACAAUCAUGGCUAUGAUCGCGCUCAAUACUAUCGUUCUGAUGAUGAAGUACGACGGAGCCUCUCCGGCCUAUGAGGCUGUGCUGGCCAACCUGAACAUCGUGUUCACCUCGCUGUUCUCCAUGGAGUGUGUGCUCAAGAUCAUCGCCUUUGGAGUGCUGAAUUACUUCAAAGAUGCCUGGAACAUUUUUGACUGUGUGACAGUCCUGGGCAGCAUUACAGAUAUUUUAGUGACUGAGCUCGGGAAUAACUUCAUCAACUUGAGUUUCCUGAGACUGUUCAGGGCUGCCAGGCUCAUCAAACUGCUCCGGCAGGGAGAGACCAUCCGCAUCCUGCUCUGGACCUUUGUUCAAUCCUUCAAG